AUUUAAUCGUGUAAUAAAUAUUAUACAAAUAAUUUAUCAUUUUGAAAUAAUUUUGCUAAUUAAAUAUAUACAUAUAUAAAUGUGUUAGUGAUUAGACAGUGAUUACCUGACGUUAUAAAAGAAGUGUUUCAGUCGAAGUUAAAGAAGAGAAUAAAUUGUACUAAAUAAAAUUAUUUAAUUUUUUUUCUAACGUGAGUUUAAUAUACAACAAACACAAUGUCUUAUAUGCUGUCACAUCUUCACAAUGGGUGGCAAGUAGAUCAAGCAAUUUUGUCGGAAGAAGAUAGAGUAGUUGUUAUUAGAUUUGGUCAUGACUGGGACCCAAUGUGUAUGAAAAUGGAUGAAGUUCUUUAUAAUAUUGCUGAAAAAGUGAAAAACUUUGCUGUUAUUUAUUUAGUUGAUAUUACGCAAGUACCAGACUUUAACAAAAUGUAUGAGUUAUAUGACCCUUGCACAGUCAUGUUCUUCUUUAGAAAUAAACAUAUAAUGAUUGACUUAGGAACUGGAAAUAAUAACAAAAUAAACUGGACACUAGAAGAUAAACAGGAAAUGAUCGAUAUAAUUGAAACAGUCUAUAGAGGUGCCAGAAAAGGUAGGGGUUUAGUUGUUUCACCUAAAGAUUAUUCUACAAAAUAUAGAUAUUAAAUUUAUUUUAUUAAUAGAAUUUUAUAAAAAAUAAUUAUUUUGUAUUGAUGUGUUUGUAACUUGGGGAGAAUAUGUGAUAACUAAGUUUAUAUUGCUAAAUAAAAAAAAAAGGACCUAUAAAUGGAA